CCAGCAGCCAUCUCUCACCAGCAUCAAAACAUAGCAAGAUCUCAUCUGAUAAACGGACCUCAGUCUAUCCUCCGACUUAGUCAAAGAACUUCAAAUUUCUCAAAGAGAAAGAGUAUUUUGCACAAAAAUGAAGACUGUCAUCGUUUUAACGCUCCUCAUCGCCACAGUUUUCUGUCUACCUGUGAAGCGCUCAGCUAGCAGUUCAGAGAGCUCAGAAGAACUUGUGGUUGCUCAAGGGCCAACUCCUAUUCUACGAAAAGCUGCUGCUGUUAUGUUCAAGGCAGAACCUACACAGUCCACGCCAGGAGAAUCCAAUGAAAGCACAGACAGUGCAGAUGACAGUGAGGGUGCAGAUGAGGAAUCUGAAACGGAUGAGAACGAAAAGGAGAACGAUACUGACUCCAGUGAGAGUGAAUCUGGAGAACCUGCGACCACCGUUGUCCCAUUCACAGUGGAACCCCCACUGGACCCCAUCAUCAACACAGGCCGGGGAGACAACAUGGACUAUCCUAGCGACUACGUGGACACAAACAACCUUGAAAAAAUACCUUCCCCAUACAAGUCCUACAGCAGUGACAAGUUGGGCGGCUUGACAUUCGUGAGCAAGAAGUCCUAUGCCUAUGAUGACCAGAGCAUCAAUGAUGUGGAGAAAGAGAUUAAACUGUACAAGGCUCUGCAGGUGCAUGAUACUCCUCAGGAGGAGGACAACACCAGCACCCCAGAGGUGGAGAACAUGGAGCCAAACGACCGCCAGGCUGCUCUGGGAAACCAAGAGAUCGUUCCCACCGGAAACCAGGAUGCUACAGAAGAGUCAGACAGCGAGGGCGCAAGUGCUGGCGACACUCCCAAUGACAGCGUGAGCGCCAGUGCCAGCCAGGAGCAAAAUGAAGAGGAGUCAGACAGCAGCCCGAGCAGCGAGGAGACCACAGCCACACCUGGAGCUGCAGACAGAGAGGACGACUCCUCACAGAGCACAGAGAGCCAGGAGAGCGAUUCGAGUGAGGAUACCACCCAGACCACCGACGCUACUGUUAUCAAAGCAAAGUAAAUGCAUCCGAGCACUAACCCUCAACGGGAUAUUGACAGAAACGAAUGCAAAUGUAUUAAUUGCAUGGUGCUUGGUGACUCACUCCACCUGAUGUUAGUGUGAGUUAGACAAACAGCAGAGCACAAAGAUAUGGUUCAUACAAGACCUUGAACUGCUGCCGAACCUGUUAAGAUGCAGUUUCAUCUCAACGAUGUCUUCCUGUUCAUUGCACAAUUAUUUACAAACUUAAUGUAAAUGUAAUUUUGUACUGCUUUAUGUAUGUAAUGAUUGAUCAUUUAUGAAUAAAUUUUGACCUAUAUCAGUUA